UCUGCUUCUCAUUUUAUCAAAGUUGGAAACUACACAUUUCAAAGACUUUGGUGUUCUAGUGUAUUUGGUAUCUCUCCUCUCUAAUAUUUUUGAAUUCUUUUGUUUCAAAAUCUCCCGGUUUUGUUAAGCGCAUAAGAUGGAGAGGCAAGUUCAUGGAGAAGAUCCUUGGUUUGCUCGAGACAAACUCUACCAUGUAAUAUUCUGUUUCUCAAUCUCUCUCAUCUUCGCGACGCUCGCCUCUCUCUCCCGUUACUCGUUUCUACGCCGUCACUCCAUCUGGAUCGGAUCUGCGUUCUCACUCUCCGCCGGUGCGGCUAAAGAAGAUGGUGAUCAAUUUGGUAUCUUUCCUUCAGCAGGCGCCUCGGCAAGAGACGCAGUCGCGGACGCGAUUGGAGUUGUGAUUGCUGCUUUGGUUAUCUUCUUUUGGAAACCUCGCAGAUCACGUUCUGAAUCCAGUCAAACCCGACCCAUCCUUCCGAUUUGAAUAGAAGAAAACAAUUUAAAAAGCUUGUUUAGUGUAGUUUUAUUCAAAGCUUGAUCAUCGAUUUGGAUCAUCACAGUUUUUGUUGGUGAUCUCAUUGAACUGUA